AGAGAGAGGGAGAGUUUGGACCAACUUCUUUCAAACUUUCCGUCGACAUUCAGCUCAGCAGAGAGGUGCGCGAGAGGACAGCGCUGACUGCACAGCGCGCGCGGCACGAUAUCAAACUUCAGAUUGGACAAACAUGAAGCGAGUCCGGCUCGUGCUUCUGACCGCGUUGCUAUGGCAAUGUUGCAACGCUCAGCAGAGAGGAUUGUUCCCAGCUGUAUUGAACCUGGCGUCCAUGGCAGAUAUAACAGCCAAUGCUACCUGUGGUUCGUUGGGUCCAGAGAUGUUCUGUAAGUUGGUAGAACAUGUACCAGGUCAGCCUGUAAGGAACCCACAGUGUCGAAUCUGCAACGAAAAGAGUCCAAAGACAUUUGAGCGUCAUCCUAUAGAAUAUGCCAUAGAUGGGACCAACCGUUGGUGGCAAAGUCCCUCCAUCAAGAAUGGGAUGGAAUACCACCAUGUGACUGUGACUCUGGACUUGAAACAGGUUUUCCAGAUAGCCUAUGUGAUCGUUAAGGCAGCCAACUCACCUCGUCCAGGUAACUGGGUCUUAGAGCGUUCAAUAGAUGGUGUGACCUUUAAACCCUGGCAGUACUAUGCCAUCACAGACACAGAGUGCCUGACCCGGUUCAACAUUAAUCCAAGGACAGGACCUCCAUCCUACACCAGAGAUGAUGAAGUUAUCUGCACAUCUUUUUAUUCAAAGAUUCACCCUCUGGAGAAUGGAGAGAUCCACACGUCUUUAAUCAAUGGUCGUCCCAGUGCCGAUGACCCCUCCCCAACCCUGUUGAACUUCACCUCUGCCCGCUACAUCAGGUUGGUCUUUCAGCGAAUCAGAACGCUGAACGCUGACCUCAUGACUCUGACAUAUCAUGACCCCAGAGAUGUCGAUCCCAUCGUGACGAGACGGUACUAUUAUUCCAUUAAGGACAUUUCAGUUGGAGGGAUGUGUAUCUGUUACGGCCACGCCAAGGCUUGUCCACUUGACACUGUUACAAAGAAAUUUAGCUGUGAGUGUGAACACAACACAUGCGGGGAGAGCUGUGAUCGUUGUUGCCCUGGUUACCACCAGCAGCCCUGGAUGGCAGGAACCUUCCUCACUCGACAUGUCUGUGAGAAGUGUAACUGCCAUGGUAAGGCAGAGGAAUGUUACUUCAAUCAGACUGUAGCAGAUCUAUCUCUCAGCCUGGACAUCCACGGCCAAUACAGAGGGGGUGGAGUCUGUAUCAGUUGCCGUGACAACACAGAUGGUGUCAACUGUCAGAGCUGUGUCGCUGGAUACUACAGACCUACUGGGGUGAGCGCUGAGGAGGAAAACCCCUGUAUCCCCUGCUUAUGUGACCCACAUGGUUCUGUCAGCCAAUCAUGUGUCGCAGAUUCAAGCCAGGCCAUGCCCGACCAGCCAGCAGGGUCAUGCCGGUGUAAGGAGGGUUUUGGGGGUUUGCAAUGUGACAGGUGUGCUGUCGGUUAUAUGGGCUACCCGUCCUGUCAGCGCUGUAAUUGCAGCAUGGAGGGAAGCACCAACGCUGACCCGUGUAUAACACCCUGCGUGUGCAAGGAAAAUGUGGAGGGAGAAAAUUGCGACCGCUGUAAACUGGGAUUCUACAAUCUCCAAGGUGACAAUCGACGUGGCUGCGAAAAGUGUUCUUGCAUGGGCGUUUCCAGUCAGUGUUUUGCCUCCACAUGGACUUAUCAGAACGAAACCACUCUGACAGGCUGGCACCUGGUUGGAGAUACAGGAGGUAUGGUGUGGUCUGUUCACAGACAGACGCCUCCAUAUCUGAGCGUCCGACACUCAGAUGUUGUGAACGAUCUCGGCUCCGCCUACUACUGGAACGCACCUGGACUAUACCUGGGAAACAAGCUUUCAGCCUAUGGAGGGAGUGUGGUCUACACUGUGUCUUAUUCUACAGACCAACGAGAACAAAGGGCCAUCAGGGUUACUUCAGAACCUGACCUCAUCAUAGAGGGUGGCGGGAUCAAGAUUAUUGACAGAAGGUUCGGCCAGCCGGUGUACCCGCCCUCACCGAGCACCAAUCACAUCGCUCUCCUUCCAGAGAACUUCCUGGUGUCAGAGACAGCACAGCCAAUCAGUCGCAGGGAUUUUCUGUCUGUGUUGGCCAAUGUGACCAAAGUGAUGGUCCGGGCCUCUUAUAGCACAGAACCCAGCGCUGUGUACAGACUUCACUUGUUCUCAAUGCAGGUAGCUAAUCCCUCUGACAGAGGUGAGAGGACGGCAUCAGCUGUGGAAAUUUGCUCUUGUCCUCCUGGAUAUGCUGGAACCUCUUGUGAGGAGUGUAUUCCUGGUUUCCGGAGGGUUAACGGGAUUAGGUAUAAUGGUGUGUGUGAAGCUUGUCAUUGCCAUGGACAUGGUACACAAUGCCACGAGGUCACAGGAUACUGCCUGGACUGUUCCCACCACACCACAGGCCCCCACUGUGACACCUGCCUACAUGGUUACUAUGGCAACGCCACCAAAGGGUCACCUGCGGAUUGUCAGCCCUGCGCUUGUCCGCUCAAUCUGCCUGGCAACAACUUCAGCCCCACCUGCCACCUAGGUGAAGAAGGGGAGUUGCUGUGCGACCAGUGUCAGCCUGGAUACACAGGGCCACGAUGUGACAGAUGUUCCAACGGAUAUUACGGCCAGCCAACUGUGCCAGGAGGCUCCUGCCAGCCCUGUGAUUGCCAUGGCAACCUGGACCUAUCCGUGCCAGGUAGCUGUAAUCCAAUCACAGGCCAGUGUCUGCGCUGUCGCCAAGGUUAUGGUGGUGCGGCUUGCGACAGUUGCGCUGAAGGUUACUAUGGAGACGCCAUCACAGCAAGAAACUGCCAACCCUGCCAGUGCCAUACUAAUGGCUCUGUAUCUGAAGUCUGCAAUAAGGAGAACGGCCAGUGCCAGUGCAGAGAAAAUGUGGUUGGACGACAGUGUGAUGAGUGCAUGCCUCAGACCCACGGCAUUACCACAGGUGGACAGUGCGUUCCGUGUCACUGUAACUCAUUUGGUUCCAAGUCGUUUGACUGUGAUGAAACGGGUCAGUGUCGGUGUCAGCCAGGUGUUACUGGACCCAAAUGCGACCGCUGUUCACGAGGAUUCUUCAACUUCCAGGAGGGCGGCUGCACACCCUGCCAGUGCAGUCAUGUGGGCAAUAACUGUGAUGCUAACACAGGACAGUGUAUCUGUCCACCGAACACCAUCGGUGAGAGAUGCGACCGCUGUGCUCCCAACCACUGGGGCCAUGACAUCAUGACUGGAUGCAAGGAGUGUGGCUGCAGUGUGAUCGGCUCGGUGACCCAGCAGUGCAAUGUCAACACAGGCUGCUGCGUCUGUCACGACUCCUUCAGAGGAGAGAAAUGCAAUGAAUGUCAGCUGGGAUACAGAGACUUUCCUCAGUGCACCCAGUGUGAGUGUAACGUCUCAGGAUCGGACAGCCAGACCUGCGACCUGGAGAGAGGAGUGUGUGCUUGCGCAGAUCGAACGGGGAAGUGUAGCUGCAAGGAAAAUGUGGAGGGAGACAACUGUGACCGCUGUAAACCAGACACAUUUGGGUUGUCGGUACGAAAUCCGAUGGGCUGCAGCAAGUGUUACUGUUAUGGACUGACCCGGUCAUGCACAGAGGCACAAGGUCUCAUCAGGAUGUGGUUAACACUGAAGCCAGAGCAGACUGUGCUCCCCCUGGUGGAUAAAUCCAACACCAUAGAGACGAGGAAAGGGGUGAGCUUCCAACACCCUGAGAUCCUCGCCCAUUCAGAGCUGGUCACCUCAAUUCUCUCUGAACCUUACUACUGGAAACUCCCGGAGCAGUUCAGAGGCUCUAUGAUCACAGCAUACGGUGGGCAGCUGAAAUAUGCAGUGUACUAUGAGGCCAGAGAUGAAACUGGUCCUUCCUCAUAUGAGCCUCAGGUCAUCAUUAAGGGUGGUCCUAACCGCAACAUAUUGAUGACACGCCACAUACCGGGACUCCAAAUUGGUCAGCUCACACGCCACGAGAUUGACAUGACAGAGCAUGAGUGGAAGUAUGCAGAUGGCCGGUCUAUGACUCGAGAGGACUUCAUGGACAUUUUGUUCUAUGUGGACUACAUCCUAAUUAAGGCAUCGCACGGCAACUUAAUGAGACACAGCCGCAUUUCAGAGAUCAGUCUAACGGUGGCAGAGGAAGGCAGACUCACUCAAGAGAGUGAGAAAGCCCAUCAGAUAGAAAAGUGUGAGUGUCCACUUGGAUACUCGGGACUUUCCUGUGAGGAGUGUGCUGCAGGUUUCUACCGUCUUCGCAGCGGUUCCCUGGCAUCUGCUCCAGCGUCCAGUGUGCCCACUGCUGCUGGUAUGGGCAGCUGUGUUCAAUGCCAAUGCAGUGGGCACUCAUCCACCUGUGACCCUGAGACAUCCAUAUGCCAGAACUGUCAAGACAACACGGAGGGUGAUCGGUGUGAACGCUGCGCUCCAGGCUUCUACGGCGUGGUCCGAGGUUCCCCUGAUGACUGUAAACCCUGCGCCUGCCCCCUUACCAACCCAGAGAACAAUUUUAGUCCAACCUGUGUAGCUGAAGGGUUCGAUGACUACCGAUGUACAGCCUGUCCUGAGGGAUACGAGGGCAAAUACUGUGAGAGGUGUUCUACUGGUUACCAUGGUAACCCGCGGAUGCCUGGCGGUCACUGUGAGGAGUGUAAGUGUUCCUUGUGGGGGGCGUUCCUUGGACCAUGUGACCCUGUCACCGGCCAAUGCCGUUGCAGGGUCGGGGCAUCUGGGAGGUCGUGUGACCAGUGCAUGGAGAAGCAUGUGUGUGGACCGGCUGGGAUCAUCUCCUGUGAUGAUGAGUGCUCGGGUCUGUUGAUCAGCGAUAUGGAUCGCCUGUAUCGCAUCAUCACUGAUGUCACCCUGACCACGCCCCUCCCACCGCCAUACAAGAUCCUGUACCGCUUUGAGAACAUGACAGAAGAACUCAAGCACAUGCUGUCGCCUCAGAAAGCUCCGGAGAGAUUACUACAACUGGCCGAUUCCAACCUGGGAUCACUGGUUGUUGAGAUGGACCAGCUACACAGCAGGGCCACUAAGGUGUCUGCUGACGGAGAACAGGUUGAGGAUGAUGCUGACAGGAUUCAUAAACGAGCUGAGGACCUGGAGCAGUUCAUCAGGGAUACACUGCUGGGAGCUAAAGACCUCCAGUCAAAGGCUGCUGAGUUGAACCAGACACUCUCGCGGAGAGAUGGAACUCCAGACAAAAGCCUGAAGGAGAUGAAGGAGGAGAUCCAGGCCAUGCUAGACGAGAUGAGAAAACGACAGCUGGGAGGGAAGAAGAGCAUUGCCGAGGAGGAGAUGGGGCUAGCAGAGGAGUUGUAUCAGAAAGUGAAGAGAUUGUUCGGUGACCCCCAUCAGGCCACAGAAGACCUGAAAGCAGAGAUAAAAGUGAAGCUCUCCGACCAUGAGGGGAAGCUCCAGGAGGCCCAGGAUCUACUUCACUCUGCCCAGGGAAAGACGAGGCUGGCCGGUUCACUGGCUGAACAAAACCAAGCUAACCUCACAGCUUUGGAGAGGAAACGUUCUGCAGUCAGCGGGGUGAAACAGGAAGCACAGGAGGUCCUUGGAAUGGGAGAACGUCUACUGGAUGAAGCAAACCAGCUUUCUGACAACAUCAACAAGGAGAUAGAGGAUUUGGAGGAGAUGGGAAGAGAACUCGGUCCUCUUCACGACCAGCUUGAUGAUAAAGUCAGUCGCCUCACCAAUGGUUUGAGUGAUGGCGGCCUGGAUGAUCGCGUGCACAGUGCAGAGGAACAUGCCAAGCAGCUAAAAGAAUCUGCUGACAUUUUGGAUGGUAUUUUGGCCGAAGCUAAGAAUCUCUCCUUCAAUGCAACAGCUGCCUUCAAGGCCUAUGGUAACAUUAAAGCAAAUGUUGAUGCAGCAGAGAAAGAGGCAAAAGCAGCCAAACAGAGGGCUUCUGAAGCAUUAGCACUGGCUUUAGGUCCAGAGGUCCCAGUGAAGGAGGCAGCUGAAGAUGCCCUUCAGAAGAGUCACGUACUGCUGAACCAAGCUAAUCAACUUCAAUAUGAUGUCAAAGAGAAUGCAGAUAGUGUGGCCGGGCUAAAGGACAGAGUUAAAGCAGCGAGAGACAAAACCAAAGACCUGCUCAAAGCUGUCAACGGAACCAUGGCACUGCUCAAUGCUAUCCCCAAUGAUACAGCAGCUAAACUAGCAGCCACAAAGGCUGUAGCAGCUGAUGCAAAUGCCACAGCCAUAGACGUCCUGGAGCGCCUUGGGGAUUUGAACCUGCGACUUGGUGGCAUACAGAGGAACUACAGCGACUUGGAGGACACUGUCAAUGCAGCCAAUCAGAUGAUCCAAGACCCAGAGAAAAACACUAUAAUCCAUGCUGCAGGAGCCAAAGUUAAAGAUUUAGAGGAUGAAGCUGAUAGGCUGUUGGAGAAGCUGCAGCCAAUCAAAAAGCUGCAGGACAACUUGAAGCGAAACAUCUCACAAAUCAAGGAACUGAUCAACCAAGCCAGGAAACAAGCUAACUCGAUCAAAGUAUCAGUGUCGUCAGGUGGUGACUGUCUCCGUAGUUACCGCCCCGAUAUCAGGAAGGGGAGAUACAACACCAUCAUCCUUCAUGUCAAAACCACCACACCUGAUAACCUGCUCUUCUACCUGGGAUCAGCUAAAUAUGUUGAUUUCUUGGCCUUAGAGAUGCGCAAGGGGAAGGUGAAUUUCCUUUGGGAUGUGGGUUCAGGCGUGGGGAGAGUUGAAUAUCCCCAUCUCACCAUCCAUGAUGGGAACUGGCACAGAAUAGAGGCAUCACGUAAUGGGUUGAAUGGUACCAUAUCAGUAUAUCCUCUGGAAGGCUCUAUGGCUGGUAUGAUGCCGAACCCGGCCAGUGCCAACUCGCCCACGGCCUACACCAUCCUGGACGUAGACCAGAACGCCUACCUGUUUGUGGGAGGAAUACUCGGCACUGUCAAGAAAGCAGAUGCUGUAAGAACAACAACAUUCACAGGGUGCAUGGGGGAGACCUUCUUGGAUAGUAAACCUAUUGGAUUGUGGAACUACAGAGAGAGACAUGGAGACUGUAAAGGAUGUGUUGUGAGCCCCCAGCGUUCAGAUAGUGAGGGGACUGUCCAGCUGGAUGGUGAAGGCUACGCCGCAGUGGGCCGACCCACGAGGUGGAACCCCAAUGUUUCCACUGUUACCUUCAAGUUCCGAACUUUCUCCUCCGAAGCUCUGCUCAUGUAUCUGGCUACUGAAGAUAUGAAGGACUUUAUGUCCCUGGAGCUGUCAGAGGGCAAGGUGAAGGUGAACUGUGACCUCGGGUCAGGGGUUGGUAGUGCCAUAUCAGCUAACCGCCACAAUGAUGGACGCUGGAAAUCCCUUACCAUGUCACGGAACAAGAAACAAGCCACGGUGACCGUAGUGGACAUUGACAGCGGUGCUGAGGAGAAGCUAGUGGCCAUAUCUCCGGGUUCAGCUACUGGUCUGAACCUCAAGGAAAACCAGAAGAUCUAUUUUGGAGGGCUCCCUACCAUUGGAAACUACAGCAAGAGAGCCAGGUCAGAGAUCACUCUGAAGCGUUAUGCUGGCUGUCUUCGGGAGAUUGAAGUGUCCAGAACUCCUUAUAAUCUCCUCAGUAGUUCAGAUUAUAAUGGGGUCACUAAAGGAUGUAAUGUAGAGAACCUGCACACAGUCAGUUUCUCUAAGCCGGGAUAUGUGGAGCUUGGUGGCCUGUCGCUGGCGAUCAACACUGAGAUCAGCCUGUCGUUCAGCACUCUGGAAGACACGGGGACCAUACUGUUGGCAGUUGGCGGCGUUCCACCAGUCAGCCAGCAGGUCCGGAACAAAAACCUCCCCAGCUCCAAGAGGAGACGCAGACAGUCAGGAGAGCCCUACCUCUCAGUCAUGCUGAGCAAAGGCUCUCUGGAGGUUUUGGUGUUUACUGGCAGUCACAGUCCACGCCGUGUCAUCAGACUACCUGAGCAAGGCAUCCUGAAUGAUGGGAGAGAGCACUCACUGCGCAUCGAAAGACUACCUGGCAGAUCGUUUGCAGUUCAGGUAGAUGAGGAGGCCAAGAGGGAGGCGGCGCUUCCCAACGACCAGCCAAUAAGCUUGCAGCGUAUCUUCCUUGGUGGCAUUCCUGCAGAAGUAGAGCAGACAUCCAACAGAGCCAAUGUCCCAUUCCAGGGAUGUAUAUGGAACCUCAUGGUCAACAGUGUUGUCUCAGAUUUCUCCCAACCCGUGUCCUUUGAGAACGCUGAAAUUGGCCAGUGCCCGAACCUCGCCCCACCGCCACCCCCACAUCCUCUGCCGAUAGAGGAGGAGCCUGAGUCGAAACCAAGCAGUCCUCCACUGACCCCUGCCCCUGUCACACCACCUCCUGCUGAGGCCACUCCCCCUGCCGCUGCUACACCCACUGCUGCUGUAGCCCCGCCCACUGUUGAGCAGGAGCCCAGCAGUGACACGGAUUCAUGUGCGUCAGCUGUGGCCCCGACGGCGCUCGAGAAGGCCCAUCAGUUUGGACUGACCAGGAACAGCCACAUGAGCUUCGCCUUUGAUGACACCAAAGUCAGAGAGAGGUUAAUAUUGGAGUUUGAGCUGAGAACUAAAGAGGAGUCUGGACUUGUUCUCUACAUGGCAAGAAUCAACCAUGCUGACUUUGUUGCCAUACAGAUCAAGGACGGACAGGUGUGUCUGGGUUAUGAUCUUGGUCAUGGAAACAUAUCUGGCUGUGUGCCCUUCUCCAUCAAUGAUGGGAAUUGGCACAAGAUCCGUGUGACUCGUAACAAGCAGAGAGGUGUACUCAUGGUUGAUGGACGAUACACUAAACAGAUGAUCAGUCCCAAGAAGGCGGACCUGUUAGACGUGGUGGGAAUGCUGUAUGUUGGUGGAUUACCAAAAAAUUAUACCACCAAGAGGAUAGGACCGAUUCUCUACAGUAUCAAUGGAUGCAUCCGUAACUUGAAGAUGGUGGGAGGUCCUGUAAGCACUAAGGCAGCUGCUACAGGUCGUUCUGAGGCUGUCAUUGAGGACUUUAAGCUAAACAUGGCUACACCAACUUCCAGUCACAUGGUGGGAACAUGCUUUGCCGCUACUGAGACAGGAACCUAUUUUGACGGCACUGGCUUCCUGAAAGCAGUCUCCACCUACAGAGUGGGUCUAGAUGUGUCGAUAGCACUGGAGUUCCGAACCAGUCGAACCAAUGGAGUGCUGUUGGCCAUCAGUAACCAAGGCAAUGAUGGACUGGGACUAGAGAUCGUCCAGGGCAAGCUACUUUUCCACGUUGACAAUGGAGCUGGACGAAUAACAGCGGAGCACAUGCCUGAGGGAGAGGGCUUCUGUGAUGGCCAGUGGCACUCCGUCACUGCCAAAAAGCUCCGCCACCGGCUGGAGCUAGUGGUCGAUGAGAAGCAAAGCCAAGCAGAGAGUCCCAACGCACGAUCCAACACCUGCGACACCAACGACCCCAUCUACGUUGGAGGAUAUCCUGCUGGAGUUCGUCAGGCAGCUCUCUCAACCAGCACUUCCUUCAGAGGUUGUAUGAGGAACCUGAAGAUCACCAAAGCCUCUAAGAUCAUGGAUGUGCAGUUCAACAAGGCUCUGGAGAUCAAAGGAGUCCAGCCUCUCUCCUGUCCUGCUGUAGCUGCCUAAUUGGUACCAUUGAGCCUCCCCCCUUUAUUGUCCCCCUUAAUACCUCUGUAAGGAGCCACACAGGUCCAUAAAGUGUAGAAAUCUUGGUCUUUGAAGCUGGACUGGGUACAAUGUUUAUAUAACAAUAAUUCCAUCAUAUCCACCUGAAGUUUGACAAAAUUAAUUUUCCUGUCAGGUGUGGUCACUGGCUAGGAUCUCAGGUUGUAUUCAUUCUGUAGUAAAAUAUAAACUUUUAAAAAGAAAUUUGCAAAUUUCAAACAUUCGGGUCUUGUUCUUGCUGCCAUUAGGGGAUACCAACAUGCAAAGUUGCACUGUGCAGUUUUCAAAGUGCAAGAUAUAUAAAAUAACUGUCAAAAACAUUUUUUUUUUUUUUUUGCAGUUAACUCUUGAAAUUCACCCUCACAUUUUCAGCAUGAGACCCUGACUUUAUGUGCAGUGUAAGGCUCUGGUCAAUAAAUCUAUAAUGGCUACUAACUGAGGUCUCUAAGUGUUUUACAAUGUGUUUUAUAGUACUGUGGUUACAGUUGUUCACAGUAUUCAAACUAAUUAUUCUUUAGGUUAUGUGUGUGAUUAUGUGAAGAUUAAAUCAACUUUUCUUGUGCCUCUUGAAGAGAUGAAACUGGGCAUGUUGAGCCCUUCAAUCACAUUAUUCUUUUCUGGAAAAGAAUGAGAAAAGUUACAAUUUAUAUAUCUAUGUGAAUUUUCUAUAUUUUUCCUUCAUAAACCUUGUUCCCUGAAAA